AAUUGUGGUGCGUUAAGGGAGGGGAGGGGGCACCGUUGUCAGGUCAUUUUGCCUCGCAGCUGAGAGAGAAAGCUUGGCGAAGGGAACGAGGAUUCUUUCUCCCUGCUUUUUUCCACCUCGACUCCAGAAUCGUAGAGAACGGCGGGCUUUUCCUGUCUUCUGCACAGCCCAGUAAAACGGCGGAGUUUUUUGUUUGUUUCCCCCCCAGGGUCUGAAGAGCCGACGGUGAAGUUUCUGCUUUAGCACGUCGCAGUGUCGGGCAAAAUGGACCAGUUUAGCUGGAUUUUUCGAGAUAACCGGAGUGAUGUUUCAGGGACCAGUUACAUAUCGCAAUCUUUUUACGACUCCAUUUCUACAUUGCUCGGUGAAAGUGAUAGUGAGUCCACCUUAAUUGAAGAACCGCCUAAAGAAUCGACCUCAGAUAAGAUUUUCAGCCAUUGCUUUAAAGCAUAUAAACUCAGAAAUGAACAUCCUUAUUAUUCCCUUAAAUUGAGACCAAAUAGAUUUGGGCCGCCUAAAUCAAGACGGCGUAUUAUUAUUGCACCACCCAUGGACAGUGUGGCUCCUAGUAUUCACAAACCUCGGCCACCUGUCCCCAGUGAAGUGGAGAAAGUUCAGGAGUUCAGAGCACCUCCGGAACCUCAGGUCAGCACCUUCAUUGAGGAGAGUGACCUGAUAAGUAUGGAAGCUUGGAUUAAGGAGAGAAAACAACUGCAUAAACUGUUGGAGAACUGCGUAAAUCUGGAGGAAUGGUUAAUUCGAAAGAAGCCUCUCACUCAACAAGAAGAAAACACCCUGAGGAAAUUAAAAGAAGAAAAGCAAGAGAAGGAGGCUAAAAUUCAAGCUGAGUUGCUGGCAUUCCAACGUUGUAAGGCCGUACCGAAGAUUGAACCAGUGAAAACUACACCUUGUAUUCGGGCUCCGUAUCCGCAAUCUAUUAUUACACUACAAAACCUUCUGCAUAAGCAAAAACUCAAGCUUGUGGAUCUCUUCAAAAAAGCUGACAGGAGCAAGACAAUGAAAUUCAAAAGAGUGGAUUUCCUUAGAAUUAUCCAGGAGACCAAGGUGCCUAUCAGUAAAAGUGAGUUAGAAGAUAUCAUUGUCUUUCUCACCGUUUCAAAGAAAGGACAUACUAUAACUGGUGCUGACUUAGCUGAAUGUCAAAGAUUAUGGCUGGAAAAUGUAAAGGAUAACUGGAAACAGCCAAAGCAAGAGCCAUUGCCUAUGGCAAAAUCUGCAUCCAUCUCUUCAAAAGCAGAUAUAUUUGCUCAUGCCAAGUCCAGUAUAACUUCUCAUGUAGCUUGUCAACCUAAGUCAAACCAUUUGAAAGUUCCUCCCAUCGACACCAACCCAGAUCGCAGGCACUUAACUUAUAGUGAAAUGGAAAUAGUUGGGAAGAGAUACAAGGAAACCAGACGGCGACUAAAGAGGAAGACAAAUCCAUUACACUUUGCGGAACAGUGCAGACUAGUGAGGUCUGGCGACCCAGUUAUCGAUAGUCACUGCUUGCCAAGUUGCCUAAAGGGUGAAAUGGGAGAAUUGGUGGACCAGCAUCGACUGGCAUGCUACUAUGUCUACGUUCAGUGUGUCAAGCUUUGCGAAAAAUAUGGAAUUCCAAUUUCAGAAAGAGCGCUAAAAAGAGGUCUGCUGUACCCAGGAGACAGGUUCCUGAGACUCGGAAAAGACAUCCGGAAGUUGAGGCAGCCAGGAGGAUAUAUUGAUAAUUCUGUUUACCUGGGGGAAUCUGAAGGAGAAAGCUCUUCCAAAGUCGUGGAAAGAAAACCAAAACCAAUUAAACUGGUCCAAAGGCCGUCUCUGGCCCACCGCUGGAAAUCAUUUAGGGAAUUUAAGAAACUGACGUGUAAACACUCCAAAAGACUACAACCUCCGUCAGAUAUUUGGAAUGAGCAAUUUUUUGAUGAAAAUUUGUUUGAGGGUCCAGAUGCGUUUGCAAAAAAAUACAUGGAAAGAGAACUGAGGAGAAUGUAUCACUGCCUGAAUCCAUUGACCAACCCUAAUAAUUUCUGGCCGGGGCAUCUUCUUGAUAAGCUGUACUUGUAUCUACCUGAAUUAAGACUGGAUAGAAGUGAAGUUCUGUUCAGUCGUGCUUCUCACACAGCUCCGGUCAAUCCUGGUAUUAACGUUCCACGCCGCAACUGGCCGGUCAACGACAAGGGAUACAUGACCUUAGGGGAUCCAGAAUCUCGCAAACAUAACUAUUACAUUUGAUGGCAUUUUUGAAGAACUUGACCAAGAAAUCUGCUGCACUGGACUAAUGGAGGUUCAUAAUCCCAUAUGUACAAUAUGACAAAAUUAUGGCCUGAUGAAAGGGGUUUUCAAUCAAUCAAUUUCUAUGUACUUUAAGCAUGUUGCGUGAAUGAUCAUGCUACAGAUUUUUAAUGAAAGGUUUGAAAACCUGGGUUUUUUGGAAA